AUGAUACUCGGUUCCAAUGUAAAUGCAGUCGAUUUGCAUGGUCGGUCGGUGCUGCAUUUGGCUGCUAAAAAUGGUUUGGCCGACGCUGUCAACGUCCUCAUGAAGAAAAGUCACAGCUUGACGUUUUGAGAAGUCUGGUGAGACACCAUUGGCAGCAGCUAUCAAGAACGUCGCAGUGGGACCAAAGCAAUGGAUUUUUACGACUGGAGAUACCAUAGAUCAGCUUCAAGAAUAUCUAAGUGAUCACGAAAUGGUGGUAUAUCUUCUUCUCUCAUCUGGAGCGUCAUUGACGAAUUGUAAUCAUUCUAGGGUGAGCUUGUUCAACCAUGCUAUUAUGAAAAAUCGGCUGCUCAUCGUUCAGCUUCUGCUAUUUAAAGGAGCAAGUGUCAACUGUAAAGAUAACCAAGGAAGGACACCUCUCCUAACUUAUCUUUAAGUUGGUGGUGACUGGGUAGACGUGGUCCUUAAACGGUUCAAUGCUCCAGUUGAUAUAAAGUGUGGAGAGCCAUUCAACACCUCUGAGCUACAUUUGAUUUGUUAUACCCCUCCGAGCACGGUGAAUGAUAAUUUUUUCCAACAAAUCUCUUGUAACGUUAACUCGUGCUCCUCUAAAACAGGACCUUUAUUCACAGCAAUUGAAAACCACCCUUUGAAGUACAAACUAAUCGAUUCCUGUCUAGAUGCUGAAGGAUUUGCACCUCUACACAGAGCAGCGCAAGGAGCAAACACAGUUGCUGUUUUCAACCUCAUAAGGCUGGGUGCAAAUCAGAGUUCGCUUAGCCCCGAUGGGUACGAUGCUUUGACACUAGUUCUUCUCCAUGCUGGGAAUACCUCAUGGUGGUUUCCCGACCAAUAUGGUCACUUGAAAUCUUACAAAGCUUCUGUUAUUGCUCUGGACCUUCUUCGCCAUAAAAUGAAAACAAGUGGCUUCCGAAUCAUAUGUGACUCCAGUAAAGUUGAGCUGACCCUAUACCACUUGGCGGCCUCUCGAGGCCUUCUACACUUUAUUAGGGGGAUUUUUAAUUAUAAAGACUUUUAUCAGUUAGAUGUUGAUUGUCCUAACAGAGAUGGAAUAACACCAUUGUACUUAGCGAAGUUAUCGAGCAACCGCGAGGAGGGUGGUGUGUUUAAAUAUUCAAACACUUGGGCCGGGAUUGUGGAGUUUAUUGAGAACCUAGGAGGUCAGAUGCAGUAUCCUCGUAGACAUGCUGAAUACAAUGUCAUCUAUUAUAGGUUGUACGACUGGAUUCCGAAGGAAGCAAAGUUUAAUUUA